CUGACCCAUGACGCUGAUCGGAAAUUCCCGUGCGAGAACUGCGACAAAGUGUUCACGGACCCCAGCAACCUGCAACGUCACAUCCGGUCUCAGCACGUGGGCGCGCGCAGCCACGCCUGCUCCGAGUGCGGCAAGACGUUCGCCACGUCCAGCGGGCUGAAGCAGCACCAGCACAUCCACAGCAGCGUCAAGCCAUUCCAGUGUGAGGUGUGUCUGAAGGCAUACACCCAGUUCUCCAACCUUUGCCGCCACAAACGGAUGCACGCCGACUGCCGCCAACAGAUCAAGUGCAAGGACUGCGGCCAGGCCUUCUCCACCGUGACUUCACUGAGCAAGCACAAACGCUUCUGCGAGGGCGUCAUGCGCAACGGCAUGCGCGUCAUGUACCCGACGGACAAACUCUCCCCCCUGACCCUGUCUCCCAACGGCCAAGCCCCGCCCCCUCACCUCAACCCCUCCCUCUUCCCUAGUAUCUACGCGGCCGCGGCCGCCGCGAGCAGGCCUCAGUUCCCGUUCGCCCCCUACCCGCCCUUCUCCUCCUUCCACGGCCUCCUCCCCUCCGCCCUCCCCUCCAUGCUGGGCGGCUCCGGUGUUCCUCCCUCUGCCGCGCUCAAACUGGCAGCGGCCAACCUCCAGCAGUUGUCUCCAGAGAGGAAGCUCCACCUCUCCCCGGACGCUUUCGCCUCAGCGGCUCUUUCCGGCCUGCACAAACCCUCCCUGUUCUCCUCCCCUCUUGGCAAGGAGGAGUCCUUACCCUCCCCGCACCCCUCGCUCCACGACGCCAAGCGGCCCUACAGUCCGGACGACGCUGACCACUCUGACGUCAGCGGCCACAGCCCGGCGGGAAACGUGCACGUGUCCGAGGAGGAGGAAGGCGGGGACGGGAGAGAAUCCCCGGCCGGCUACAACAGGCUCAAGAGGAAGAUGGAGGACGGGCUGGCAGGUCGGUCCGCAUCUCCCGAGGACGAAGGCAGGUCCAAAAGUCCCCGUAUGAUGAAGGAAGAACAAGACGCGGGAAAAUGUCCUGCACCUGAGAGGUCCAGCCCCGCCAAAGAGCGGAGUAUCGCCCCGCCAGGCUUCACGCAGUUCCGGCCCCAGUCGCCCUCCGUGUCCACGCCGUCUUCUAAACAGAGGUCAUCGACCCCCAAGACAGACGCGGCCUUUGACCUCUCCAGCUAUGGCAGCGGCCUCAAGUCAGAGAGCAAGCGCAACUCCUCCUUCUCGCCAGUGGCGGGGAAACGAGAGAGCCGGUCAGAGGAGAGGAGUUCCGGAGGCUCGGAGAAGAGCGGGAGUGGAGGAGAGGACGACGCGCCUCUAGAUCUGACCAAGAAGGUGGUCGAGCCCAUCCCGGUCCUGCCUGUGGAUAUGACCCGCAAGACUCACAUUUACGGCGAGCUGGCUACUGCCGGUACUGGCGCCCCCACCAACACCACCACAACCACCUCCUCCGUCUCCCCAGGACCCUCCCCCUCAUCCUCCUCCUCCUCCCUCUCCUCCACCUCACCCUCCUCAACCAUCGCCGCCACCGCCGCUGCCGCUAUCGCUGCUUCUGCCUCUUCCCCCUCCUCCACCUCCCACCUCCUCUCCUCCAGCCUCAAGCUCCCAGUCAGCGUGCCCGACCCGACCAAAAGCCUGUGUGGCAGCAGCCCCUACAGCUACCCGUUCAGUCCUAUCAUGAUGGAGUCCUUCCUACGCAUGAAGGAAGACCUCAAGCUGCAGCAAGAAGUGGCGGCCAAGUUCUCCCACCCGUUCGCGCGCUUCGCCAUGCCUGGCCCCACGGCCUUCCCCGGCCUCCCGCCCCACCCGCACCAGUUCUCCAUGCUGCCCCGGCCAGACCUGGACAAGGUGCUCUCGCCCAUGAUGAAACUGGACAAGGGUUCGGACUACCCGGGCCACCCGCACGCCUCCCACCACCCUCACCACCCCCACCACCCGCACCACCACCCACAGGCCCACCCACACGCCCACCACCCACACCACCCACACCACUUCGGGGCCGGCGCCGGGGGGCCGCCCAAGUCCAAGGAGAGAUACGCCUGCAAGUUCUGCGGCAAGGUUUUCCCGAGAUCGGCGAACCUGACCCGGCACCUGCGCACACACACGGGCGAGCAGCCGUACAAGUGCAAGUACUGCGAGCGCUCCUUCAGCAUCUCCUCCAACCUGCAGAGGCACGUGCGCAACAUCCACAACAAGGAGAAGCCCUUCAAGUGCCAGCUCUGUGACCGCUGCUUCGGCCAGCAGACCAACCUGGACCGUCACCUGAAGAAACACGAGCAGGAGGGCCCCCACCUCACCGACUCGCCCACCAACGAGCUGGAAGACAAGGACGACGCCUACUUCUCGGAGAUUCGGAACUUUAUCGGCGUCACCGGGGGCGCCUCGAGCAGUGCUGGUGGGAACGUCACUGGUGCUUCUACUGGUAAUGGCAGCAUUAGUAAAGACAAUGAUGACGAGGAAAUUGGUGAUGGUGAUAAUAAUGGUGUUGCUGAUGGUGCUUCGUCGUCGACCGUGGCGAGGUCGAGAGUGGUUGAUAACGACGCUGAUGUUGAAGAUGAAGGCGAGGAGGAAGAAGAGGAGGGUAUGACGGGUGGAAGGUUUGCGGGUGCUCCUGUUGCUGCCUCCAGCCCCCUCCUCAGCCAACCGGCGGGUCUGUCAGAUGACGAGGACGAGAUAAACGUUGAUAACGAUGAUGUUGAUGAUGAAGAUUUAUUAGAUGACGAGGAGCUGGUGGAGGAGGCGGACAUUUCCGACGAUGAUAUUCUCGAUGAGGCGCAGAGUUCUGCUGCCGCUGCCCGGAAGUUGAACCUGGUUCCCGGUCUAAUGACGUCAUCCGCUGAAGGUGACGUCACUGAGAAGGGAAAAGUUGUCGAUGUUCAGAAGGAUGGCAAGGUUGAAGAUGAAAAGGCAGCUGGUGAUGAAAAAGAUGGUGAUAAUGAUGAGAAGGCAAAUGAGAAAGAGGAUAAAGAUGAAGGGGUGAAGACAGGUAGUGCGGAUGUGUAGGCGAGUUUUGUAUGUCUGCAUGUGUGUCUGGGGAAGGAUACGACUCGCAGGUACAGGGAUUUACGAACAGUGAUAGGGUGAUAC